ACCAGCCCUGCGGGCCAGAGCCCGAAGGCCCAGAGUUAAGGAGAGGAGAGAGGGGCUGCCCUGCAGGGAUAAGCUGGGGCAGCCUCCUGCCAGGGCUUUCUGGAACUGGCGGUUUCAGGGACGGCAGUGGCCUAGAGAGAGAACGUAAGGAGAUUGAGAGAGAAAUGAACUUUUUUCCGGGCAGUAUGCGGGGAGGUGCCCUCCAUCCAGUCUUUUCCGAGCAAAGCAUUCCUCUUCGUAGCCGGCGUAACACUCUGGUCGCGCCUCCUGUUUAUGCUCAGGAUGAAGGUCGGGGUUGGCAAGAGACGGUGGGACCAGCCUCCGUCCCGAGUGCCUGGCUCAGGGCAGUGCCUCUGUGUCACGUGGCUGGCCGCUGCGCAGCCAGGCUGCCUUCCUCGAAGGCCCGCUUCCGUGGGUACCUCUGCCCACUCACGGGCCCUGGUUCGGGUCUCUUCCUGGUACAGGACUGCAUCAAGCCCGUGAAGGUGGAUAAGAGGCCAGGAAGCGGCGUAGCCAAGAUCCACAUCGAAGAUGACGGGAGUUACUUCCAGGUCACCCAAGACGGCGGGACCCGGAGGCUGGAGAAGGCCAAGGUCUCGCUGAACGACUGCCUGGCGUGCAGCGGCUGCGUCACCUCGGCGGAGACUGUGCUUAUCACUCAGCAGAGCCACGAGGAGCUGCGAAAGGCACUGGACGCCAACAAGAUGGCGGCCCCCAGGCAGCAGAAGCUGGUUGUCGUGUCCGUCUCGCCUCAGUCCAGAGCAUCCCUGGCUGCGCGGCUCCAGCUGAGCCCCACAGACACUGCCAGGAAACUAACCGCCUUCUUCAAAACACUAGGGGUGCACUUUGUCUUCGACACCGCCUUCUCGAGGAACUUCAGCCUCCUGGAGAGCCAGCGGGAGUUCGUGCGGCGAUUCCGAGGCCAGGCCGACUCCACGCAGGCCCUGCCCAUGCUGGCCUCCGCCUGCCCAGGCUGGAUUUGCUACGCUGAGAAGACCCAUGGCAGCUUCAUCAUCCCCCACAUCAGCACGGCCCGGUCCCCACAGCAGGUCAUGGGUGCCCUGGUCAAGGACUUCCUCGCCCAGCAGCAGCACCUGACCCCAGACAAGAUCUACCACGUGACCGUGAUGCCCUGCUACGACAAGAAGCUGGAAGCGUCCAGACCCGACUUUUUCAACCAGGAGCACCAGACGCGAGAUGUGGACUGCGUCCUCACGACAGGGGAGGUGUUCAAGCUGCUGGAAGAAGAAGGUGUCUCGCUGUCGGAGCUGGAGCCGGCCCCCCUGGACAGCCUGCCCAGCGGCGUGUCUGCGGAGGAGCCCACCAGCCACCGGGGCGGGGGCUCGGGCGGCUACCUGGAGCACGUGUUCCGGCAUGCGGCUCGAGAGCUCUUUGGAAUCCAUGUGGCUGAGGUCACCUACAGACCCCUGAGGAACAAGGACUUCCAGGAGGUGACCCUGGAACAGGGGGGCCAGGUGCUGCUGCGCUUCGCCGCCGCGUACGGGCUCCGCAACAUCCAGAGCCUGGUGCAGAAGCUCAAGCGUGGCCGCUGCCCCUACCACUACGUGGAGGUCAUGGCCUGCCCCGCAGGCUGCCUGAAUGGCGGAGGCCAGCUCAAGGCCCCGGACACGCCGGGCAGGGAGCUUCUGCAGCAGGUGGAGCGACUGUACGGCCUGGUCAGGACAGAGGUGCCCGAGGACGCGCCUGGGGUGCGGGAGCUGUACGGGCGCUGGCUGCAGGGCGAGGCCUCGGAGCGGGCCGGCCGCCUGCUGCACACGCAGUACCACGCCGUGGAGAAGGCCAGCUCCGGCCUCAGCAUCCGGUGGUAGGAGGCCGUGAGGGUCUGCCGGAGCCCACCUGCAGCCAGCCAGGACUCCCAGGAAGGCUCACGGGAUGCCCGGCAGCAAGGUGACAUGCUCCAAGGCCCCAGCGCCCUCCCACCAAAUUUGGAGUGAACUGCAGAAUGUGCUGGAACCACACGGGAGGGGGAAGCUGGCUGCACCCAGGAUGGCGGUCAGGGCCCGCAGCAGUCACUGGCCCCACCGGCCUAGCUGCUCUGCGGCUCCCCGCUGGCUCUGCCAGAGUGGGGCAAGGGGACCGAGGAGUCUGAAGGUUCUGUGAGGUUACGGAGACUCUGCCAGCAGCCCAGGGCCAAGUCCCGUGGCACUGCCCCUGCGCCUCCGGCUCACGGUGACCGAAGGGUGGGGAGCAGAGCACAGUGGCUGCCUCACGCCGGACUGCUAGAGUCACCCCCAAAGUCAUAGUGCAGAGCGUGGGAAAUGGGGCAGGACCUGCCUGGCAGGAAGGGGUCCCCUGAAACCAGGUGUCCACUGUCAGGAAGCCGUGGCCCCCGGGGUGAGAGCACGUCUGUUUUCUGGGCCGGGUCUGCUCUCGAAGCACCGGGCGCCCGCUGGUGCUGGGCGUGCCCAGCUGUCUUCGUCCCCUGGCUGGGUUCCUGCCACGCCUGUGUCCCACAGAGCCCCAAGGCUAAUAAAGGCAGCCCCUCCUAAAACACGUCA